UUUUGCUCUAACGGUACUAAGCUCAGACAGCCGCUCGCCCUGCUCGUUUUGUUCGGACCAUAGGUACCAAUGUGCAGCCGAGUCUGGAAAAACGACACUACUGGAACAAAUUCGCCUUUUGUACAAACAGAACUAUUCGGAUGCCGAAUUCAUGCAUCGGAAGGCAUUCAUAUACAAUAAUAUAUUAAUAUCCAUACGAAAACUAAUCAAUCAUAUGAGCCAUACGGGCACAACCUAUGCCAAUUCGGAAAACGCGAUCUCGGAUGCAAUUCAAAAGGUUUGGAGGGAUCCGGCCGUGCAGUCACUCUACGAAAGGCGAAGUGAGAUCAACCUUAACGACAGCUCAAAAUACUUCCUGGAAAAUCUCUCCAACAUCAAUCGCUUGGAUUUCACACCGACUCCACGCGACUUGAUAAUGAGCUAUGUGCCGACCGUUGGUGUGCAGAAUGUCAUAUUCUCAGCAGGGAAUAGAGUCUUUCAGUUGUUCGACAUUGGUGGUCAACGAAUCGACCGAAGGAAAUGGGCGACAAUGUACGAUGGAAUCGAUGCCAUAUUCUUCUGUAUUGCAAUUUCUGAAUACGAUCAAGUGAUGGUCGAAGACCCUGAAACGAAUCGCCUACAAGAUUCACUUUCGUUGUUAGAGAAAAUCAGCAACGAGCCGAAGUUCAAGAAUACUCCACUACUGCUCUUUCUGAACGAAAUUGAUGUUUUUCGGGAAAAACUGCCCGUUAUUCCACUUGAGAGUUAUCUUCCGGACUACAAAGGUUCGUCUAAUAGAAUCGCAGUAUAUUUGCCGUCUGAUUAUUUCACUUCAUACCAGUACCGAUCAUAG